AUGAAUCAUCUCUCAAAAACAAUUUUUAAUUUUGUUUUCAAUUUUUACUCUAAACUAUUAAUUGAAAUUAAAAGUUAUUGUAAUAUCUCCAAUAAAUAUCAAGUACCAGGUACAGUGGAGCCUCUUUGGACAAGUGGUACUGGAAUCUGUGUAAGGAAAGAUCUGGUGAUGACUGCAGGUCAUUUACUUAAACUUAAAUACGAAAAGAUCUAUAUAUACUUUGGUAAUGAUGCCACCAUCAACUUUGAGGUCUUUCUUAACAAAAUGGAUGUGGAUUAUAUGUAUGAAUUGGAGUCAUGUGGAAGAGAUUUUGAUCAAAUAUUCCAUGAUCCUUUCAUUGUCACUGACUUCAAGGGUAAUCAACACAAUUGGAUUCUAGACAACGAUUUAGAGGUUCUCCGAUUCAAAGGAAAAAAACCAAAAAAAAUAGACAUUCUAUUCCCAAUGCUUCCAACCAAUGACCUAUCCGUCGAUCACUAUGUUAUGGGAUAUCCAGGUUACGUAACUUUAGAUGAAUUUAUAGCUAAACACAACGAAACCACUGCGAAUCUUACCGAUUUAGAGAAUCUCUAUAACCAAGUGAUCAAUGAUACCAGAUAUUUCCAGAAAAAGACCGUUUGUAUUGGAGAAGUUAACAAAUCAGAUAAGAAAGUGAUUACUCAUCGCUGUCCAACACUUGGAGGUAUGUCAGGUGGUAUUUUUGCAAACAUUGAACACAAGCGAAAGUUUCUUGGUGUUCAUCUAGGUGGAGCACAAGAUAUCGGAAAUUUUGCAAUCUCAGUUACACACCCAUUAUUCUGGUAUCUUUACGAAAAAUAUGUUCUUGAUGAUCAAUUCAUUAAAGAUAAAAAGAAUCGUAAGCAUUUGAAGGAAUAUUUAGAUUAUUUUAAUUAUAAACACUCUUUACAAAAAGUAUUUGAUCAAGAUGGAAAAAUAAUUGGACAAAUAGUUCCUUUUAAUUCAAGAUCAAAGCUUGUAAAAGUUGUGGCAAACAAAGAAUUCUAUGAAAAAACAUCAGGUGCUGUUGGAAGAAUAUUUAUAAAAUAUCAGGUGCCAGGUAAAGUGGAACCUGUUUGGACAAGUGGAACUGGAUUCUGUGUAAAGAAAGAUUUGGUUAUGACUGCAGGUCAUAUACUUACAUUUGAAGUAGAUACUACUGCACCAAUUGAAACCCAAGAGAUGCAGAGAAAUCUGAAAUAUGAAAAAGUCUAUAUAUACUUUGGAAACGAUGCCACCAUGGGUGUUGAGGUCAUUCUUAACAAAAUGGAUGUGGAUUAUAUGUAUGAAUUGGAGUCAUGUGGAAGAGAUUUUGAACAAUUAUUCAAAGAUCCUUUUUCUGUCACUGACUUCAAUGGUAAACCAAAUAAUUGGAUUCCAGCCAACGAUUUAGAGGUUCUCAGAUUCAAAGGUACACCACCAGCAAGCAUAGAUAUUCUAUUCCCAAUGCUUCCAACCAAUGACCUAUCCGUCGAUCACUAUGUCAUGGGAUAUCCAGGUCAUGUAAAUUUAGAUAAAUUUAUAACUGACCAUAAGGGAACCUCUGUGAAACUUAUCGAUUUAGAGAAUCUCUAUAAACAAGUGUUCAUUGAUUCAAAUCAUUUCGAGAGAAAGACUGUUUGCAUUGGAAAAGUUAUCAAAUCAGAAAUGAAUGUGAUUACUCAUCGCUGUCCAACACUCGGAGGUACAUCGGGUGGUAUUUUUGCCAGCAGUCAACACGAAAGAAAGUUUAUUGGUGUUCAUCUCGGUGGAGGACACGACAUCGGAAAUCUUGCAAUCUCAGUUACACACCCAUUAUUCUGGUAUCUUUACAAAACAUAUGUUCUUGAUGAUCAAUUCAUUCAAGAUAAUCGUAAACAUUUGGAGCAAUAUUUAAUAUAUUUUAAUCAUAUUAAAAUAUAUAUAAGAAGCUUAUCAAACACGAAUGUGGUGUAUUCUACUCAAAUGAAAGAACAUCCCAAAAAUGAAAAAUCGAAAUCAAGAUUAAAAAGGAGCCAAAAUUAA